AUGACUGAGCACGAUGCCACUGGUGUGUUUAGACACGAUACAGCCACAGGGACUUACAGCCACAGGGACCUACAGCCAGCCCCCAAGACACACUACAGCCACAGGGACCUACAGCCUUCCCCCAAGACACUCUACAGCCACAGGGACCUACAGCAAGCCCCCGAGAUACACUACAGAUACAGGGACAUACAGUCAGCCCCCAAGACACACUACAGCCCCAGGGACCUACAGCCAGCCCCAAAGACACACUCCAGCCACAGGGCCCUACAGCCAGCCCCAAAGACACUCUCCAGCCACAGGGACCUACAGCAAGCCCCCGAGAUACACUACAGAUACAGGGACAUACAGUCAGCCCCCAAGACACACUCCAGCCACAGGGCCCUACAGCCAGCCCCCAAGACCCACUCCAGCCACAGGGACCUACAGCAACCCCCCAAGACACCCUACAGCCCCAGGGACCUACAGCCAGCCCCAAAGACACACUCCAGCCACAGGGACAUACAGCCACCCCCCGAGACACACUACAGCCUCAGGGACCUACAGCAAGCCCCAGAGAUACCCUACAGCUACAGGGACAUACAGUCAGCCCCCAAGACACCCCGCAGCCCCAGGGACCUACAGCCAGCCCCCAAGAGACACUACAGCUACAGGGACCUACAGCCAGCCCCUGAGCCACACUACAGCUACAGGGACCUACAGUCAGCCCCCAAGACACACUACCGCCACAGGGACCUACAGCCCGCCCCCGAGACACACUACAGCCUCAGGGACCUACAGCAAGCCCCCGAGAUACACUACAGAUACAGGGACAUACAGUCAGCCUCGAGACACACUACAGCCACAGUGACAUACAACCAGCCCCCGAGACACACUACUGCCACAGGGACCUACAACCAGCCCCGGAGACAGAAUACAGCCACAGGGACCUACACCCAGCCCCUGAGACACCCUACAGCCACAGGGACAUACAUCAGCCCCGGAAGCCACAGUGACCUACAGUCAGCCCUGGAAGCCACAGUGACCUACGGUCAGCCCUGGAAGCUCCACCCAAUCCAAACUGAAGACACGAUAAAGCCACAGGGACUUACAGCCACAGGGCCCUACAGCCAGCCCCAAAGACACACUCCAGCCACAGGGCCCUACAGCCAGCCCCCAAGACAAACUGCAGCCACAGGGACAUACAGCCACCCCCCGAGACACACGACAGCCACAGGGACAUACAGCCACCCCCCGAGACACACUACAGCCACAGUGACAUACAACCAGCCCCCGAGACACACUACAGCCACAGGGACAUACAGCCACAGGGACCUACAGCCAGCCCCCGAGACAAACUACAGCCACAGGGACAUACAGCCAGCCCCCGAGACACACUACAGCCACAGGGACCUACAGCCAGCCCCCGAGACACACUACAGCCACAGGGACCUACAGCCAGCCCCUGAGACACACUACAGCCACAGGGACCUACAGCCACAGGGACAUACAGCCAGCCUCAGAGACAAACUACAGCCACAGGGACCUACAGCCAGCCCCCGAGACACACUACAGCCACAGGGACCUACAACCAGCCCCUGA